UCACCCUCCUCCUCCUCCUCCUGCCAGGCGGUCAGUGAGCGAGCUGGACUGAAACAGAGCGGCUUCAGCACCAGCUGACAGAGAAACUCCUGACAUCUCUGAGCAGGGGGGAAAAUCCAUGGAGUGCAAAGGGAAGUCUUUUCCUGGUCCGACCCUUGCAAUGCUUCCCUCCAUCCCCCACCUCCUCCUCAUCCUCCUGCUGGCCAGCCCAGCCCUCCUGACCCCAUCUGAAGAGCUACAGUUAAGGAGUCAAAGGACACCAAGGGAUGCCAAACAGGAUUCCAUCAAGGUGGUCAUCUCAGAGGGUUGUGCCACUCCGGGUGAUUCGCCUGAUGGGAGCCAAGGAGGUAAAGAAAUUGACCUGGCACCUGGUUCUCCUCUGGUUCUGACCCAUAAGAUCAAACUGGUUCCCUCAGAUUCAGCCUCUGGAUCUGGGUCCUGUGGCUGCGAUGCAGACUUUGCUCCCCUGCGGGAGCGUCUGGAGAGGCUGGAGAGGGAAGUGUCAGCCCUCCGGGAGACGUGUGCAGGAACUGAAGAAAGCUGCUGCACCUCAAAGGAAAGCAAAGGUGCAGGAUGCUCCAUCAAACCAGAAACCAGCAAGUGCCCCAAUGAGUGCAGUGAUCAGGGUCGUUGUGUGGACGGCAAGUGUGUAUGCUUCUCUGGAUUCACCGGGCCAGACUGCAGCCAGUCCAACUGCCCCGGGAACUGCAGCAACAGCGGGAAGUGUGUGAACGGACAGUGUGUGUGUGAUCCUGGUUUCAUCGGUCCUGACUGCUCCCAGAGAGCCUGCCCCAAUGACUGCAACAACCGAGGCAGGUGUGUGAACGGCAAGUGUGUGUGUGACAGCGGCUUCACAGGUCCCAGCUGCUUGGAUGAAUCCUGCGCCAGAAACUGCAACAGAAGGGGGCGCUGUGUUGAUGGACAGUGUGUGUGCAAUCCAGGUUUCACUGGUCCUGACUGCUCCCAGAGAGCCUGCCCUGAUAACUGCAACAACCAAGGCAGGUGUGUGAACGGCAAGUGUGUGUGUGACAGCGGUUUCACGGGUCCCAGCUGUUUGAACAAAUCAUGCUCCGGAAACUGCAACAGAAGGGGGCGCUGUGUUGAUGGACAGUGUGUAUGCAAUCCAGGCUUCACUGGUCCUGACUGCUCCCAGAGGGCCUGCCCCAGUGACUGCAACAACCAAGGCAGCUGUGUGAACGGCAGGUGUGUGUGUGACAGUGGCUUCACAGGUCCCAGCUGCUCGGAUGAAUCCUGCCCUGGAAACUGCAACAGAAGAGGGCGCUGUGUUAAAGGACAGUGUGUGUGUAAUCCUGGAUUCACUGGUCCUGACUGCUCAAAGAAGGCAUGCCCAGACAACUGCAACAACCAGGGGAGGUGUGUUAACGGUAAAUGUGUAUGCAACAGCGGCUUCACCGGUGCAGACUGCUCUGAGGCUGCCUGUCCUGGAAACUGCAACAACAGGGGGCGCUGCGUGAAUGGACAGUGCCUUUGUGAUAAUGGUUUCGCUGGUGAGGAUUGCACCGAAAGAGCAUGCCCUAAUGACUGCACUGACCAUGGACGGUGUGUCAGCGGUAACUGUAUAUGUGACAGUGGAUUCAUAGGCAAUGACUGCUCUGAAAAAGCCUGCCCCGAGAACUGCAACAACAGGGGGCGCUGUGUGAAUGGACAGUGUGUUUGUAAUGAUGGAUUCACCGGUGCAGACUGCUCUGAAAAAGCCUGCCCCGACAACUGCAACAACAGGGGGCGCUGUUUGAAUGGACAGUGUGUUUGUAAUGAUGGAUUCACCGGUGCAGACUGCUCUGAAAAAGCCUGUCCCAACAACUGCAACAACAGGGGGCGCUGUGUGAAUGGACAGUGUGUUUGUAAUGAUGGAUUCACCGGUGCAGACUGCUCUGAAAAAGCCUGCCCCGACAACUGCAACAACAGGGGGCGCUGUUUGAAUGGACAGUGUGUUUGUAAUGAUGGAUUCACCGGUGCAGACUGCUCUGAAAAAGCCUGCCCCGACAACUGCAACAACAGGGGGCGCUGUGUGAAUGGACAGUGUGUUUGUAAUGAUGGAUUCACCGGUGCAGACUGCUCUGAAAAAGCCUGUCCCAACAACUGCAACAACAGGGGGCGCUGUGUGAAUGGACAGUGUGUUUGUAAUGAUGGAUUCACCGGUGCACACUGCUCUGAAAAAGCCUGUCCCAACAACUGUGGCAACCACGGGAAGUGUAUAAAUGGGAAGUGUUCUUGCGAUGUUGGCUUCAUGGGGCCUGACUGCAGUGCCAAAAUCUGUCCCAACAACUGCAACAGCAGGGGGCGCUGUGUCAGAGGAAGCUGUGUGUGCCGGCGGGGGUUUAAAGGACCUGACUGCAGCCAGUGUCAGGAGAGGAUGACUGGGCCCAACUGUGAUGUCGUCAUGUCUGGUGUUUCCCAGCUGAGUACUCAGAACAUCACAGAGACGUCUGUCGCCGUGGUUUGGACUCCGCCUCCCGUCCAGUAUGAGACCUACCACAUCACCUUCACCAGCCAGAAGGAGACUGACCAGCAGAUAACUAUGCAGGUGGACGGCAGGCUGACCACCUUCACCCAGACGGGCCUGGCAGCCGGUCAGGAUUACAGAGUCAGCAUUGUGGGAGAGAUCGAUGGCAGGAGGGGAGCUGAGAGUACCGCUGAAUUCACAACACUCAUUUCUGGUCCCACCAACCUUCAAGUUGUCAAGAUGUCCUCCACAUCUGCAGUAGUCCAGUGGGAGCCAUCAGUGGGGGAGAUUGACAGGUACCGUCUGACCGUAACACCCUAUGAUGGAGCAGAGAGUCAAGAAAUGACCAUACCAGCUGACCAGAACUCCGCCCACAUUCAGCAGCUGGAGGCCGGGCAUUUGUAUGAGAUCCAACUCGUGGCAGAGAAAGGAAUGAGCCGAAGCACACCAGAGACCAUCCAGGCAGUCCCUGGCCCUGAGCCUCCAUCAAACAUAGUCUUCAGUAAGGUGACAGAAAACUCAGUGACAGUGUCGUGGACCAAACCGAAGAGUUCUGUCAGCGGGUUCAAAGUCACAUAUACCCAUGCUGAUGAUGGCGAGCCAGUAUCAGUGUCUCUGGACUCAAAGGACUCCACUGUCAGUUUAUCUGAGCUCUCACCUGGUUCUUCUUAUGAGGUCACCAUCAUCUCUACCCUCGGACUGGACGAGAGCGAUCCGGUCAAAGACUUCGUCAUGACACUCCCCGACCCGCCUACACACCUGCGCGCCGUAAACGUCACCGAGUCCUCGGCCCUGUUAUUGUGGCGUCCGGCGCUGGCAGCCGUUGAUAAGUAUUCGAUUGUCUAUGGCGAGGGCACAGGUUCAGAGGUCAGAGUCACGGUGUCUGGAAACUCAGCCGAGCAGCAGCUCACCGGUCUGGAGGAAUCCACCACCUACACCGUCACGGUAACCAGCCAGCUGGGCAGCCGGGACAGCUCGCCGGCCACCACCACCUUCACCACGGCUGGCGGCUCUGGGAGAGUUGGGGAGGGGCUGAAAGACCUCCGAGCGAGCGAUGUGACUCCACGCACUGCCAUGUUGUCAUGGAAGCCACCAUCAAAGCCUGUUAGUAACUACAGACUGAGCUUUCAGGCCGAAGGUCAAGAAAUGAAGGAGGUAAUUGUGGAUGCCUCAUUAACACAGUAUAACCUGACUAGACUUCAUCCUGGAUCCACGUAUACGGUGCAGCUAUUGGCUGAAGGAGAAGGACACUACACAUCCCCCAGCUCCACAGAAUUCACCACUGGAACCCUGCGGUACCCGUUCCCCACUGACUGCUCUCAGGAGCUGCUGAACGGCAUCCGGACAUCAGGAAACACAGAGAUUUUCCCUCAAGGGAGACACUGGUUGCCAGUGAUGGUUUACUGCGACAUGGAGACAGACGGUGGCGGCUGGACGGUCUUCCAGAGGAGGAAGGAUGGCUCAGUGAAUUUCUUCAGAGGCUGGAAAGAGUAUACUAAAGGAUUUGGAGAUCCGAAUGGAGAGUUUUGGCUCGGACUCGAGAGUAUCCACAAUCUCACAGCGAUGACCAGGAUGAGUCUGCGCGUCGACCUGCGAAACGGGGAGGAUUCUGCGUUUGCUCAGUACUCGACGUUCGAGGUGGCCAAGAAGAACUACAAACUGACUGUGGGAGGAUACAGCGGCACGGCAGGUGACUCUCUCACUUAUCACAACAACCGGAUCUUCUCCACCAAAGACCGGGACCUGGCGUCCUUCAUCACCCGCUGCGCCAUGUCUUAUCGAGGAGGCUGGUGGUACAAGAACUGCCAUGAAGCAAACCUCAACGGCCUCUACGGCAUCAACAUCAAACACCAGGGGGUGAUCUGGACCGCCUGGAAAGGAAAAGACUUUUCCAUCCCGUUCACUGAGAUGAAGAUGAGACCGGCAGCCUUCCGGCCUCCGUCCCGAGCGUGAACGUGAAAGGCGGUGAUGAUGAUGAACUGCUAAACACACAUGCACGGACGGCAGCGUGUCAGCAUGUGUGAACACACACAGAGCAGACUGAACACACAUAUUGAAACAGGGAGCUCGGUCUCCUUUGAGAAGAUUUGUAUAGAGUCAGUUAUCAGUAUGUUACUGCAGAUUGAACAGGUUCCUUCUUUGCACCAAUAUUUUAAAGCGGGGCAUCUUCCUCCAUAUUUAAAGGCUCAGUUCACACAGAUUACAACACAGCUGGUGACUAGUUAGGCAGUUCUGGUUUCAUGUGCAGAUACUCUGAGAGAUCCCAAGUCUCAAACCCUGAAGUCCUCCUGGGUCCUGAUCCAAAACAGACCACAGAAAACCUUUCAGGGGCCCGACCCAAAUAUAAGCUACUUUUGGCCAGUUAAACCUGAUUUCAAAACAGAAAAAAUCACCAGCCACAAACCAUUUCAGGUCCUUUGACCAGUUUACAUGCAGUUGCAGAAGAAUAGUGAUGCCUUAAGAGUGAAUAAAGUCAUGGAAAUUCAUUCAUAUUCAAAACCAAAUUAAAAAGCUGUACAGUCCUGUCUCCACAGCUGAAUCUAAGAAAAGAUGCAGCAGCACACUCGGCUCAUUCAGAUCCACACAGACCAGCUCAGAGGAACUUCUGGUCCUUGUAUACAGGUUUUUCCAUCAUUAUGUGCCUCAAAUUUGAAAAAUAAAUACAAAUUUAAAACAUUUUUUAACCUGCCUUUUAAGAAAGAAGUGAUCCAAAAAAGAUUUUAGUAUUUAGAUCAGAUCAUAGUGAAAUCAAAUGAACAGAGGACCUGCUUAUGAUUUGAGGCCCGUAGAAGCUUUUCAUAUGGUUCAAUAACAGCCCCGCUUUAAAGCUCAGCAGCGCCCCCUCACUGUGAGCGACAUCAGCUGAGACAGGUCAGAGCGAAAGCUGUGUUUGUCCCUGCGUGUGUCACUUUAUCGUUCUGCAAACAAAUCUGUGUUUUAUGUUCCUGUUUGAUGUAUAUGGCCCCUAAAGGAAUUCAGUAAUAAAAUAACUCAAACUGGGCGGCUGCAAAGUUGCAUUUUUUAAAGGAGCUGAAUUUUGAUUAAACACUCAGCUGCAGAAAAAUGAAUGAAAUCAUUCUUUCCUUUUUGUGAUAAAGACUGAAAAUAUUUUUAAAAGAACGUGUUGUCAGUACUGUUUGAGCAGUCUACAGAGUUUCCUCUCACCCUCUGCAGCUUCCACCUGCAGUAAAUGGACUGAAGCGGGACGCAGUGUUGGCCUUAAAAAUAAUCUCUUUGAGGAGUUUGUUUCAGUGACACUCAGGCGUUUUUUUCCAAACACCAACAGUAAAAGUUAUUUGAUAGCACAGCAGAACAUUUCUCACUGAAGUGAUGUGGUGUACACAAGGUAUCAUAACUGGAAAUACUUCU